UUCUUUCCUUCUAUUGAUCUUGAGUGACAUGACGUUUUCUUUCCCGUUUUCUGUUAUCAGAGAGCAGUGCAUUGUGGGAUCUCAGAUGACAGGCAGUGGAUUUCCUGUGCAGCGCAGCAGACGCGUUUUAGACACAAUGGAUGGCAAAGAUGUAGACUUGGAUCCAGCUAUUCCUGAAGUCAGUGCAGCGGUCUGCCCCAGCUGGGGUCCUUCGGCAAUCUGGGCACGCUGUGAGUGUAUGAGGUCCCCGGCGGCUGAGAGAGAUGUGCGGCUGGAGGUGCCGGUGACAGCUGGAGGAGACAUGGACGGAGGGGGAGUGCUUGGCCAUGGGGGGCUGAGGCUCCUGGCCUGUUUUAUGGGGGUCUUUGUCUGUUACUUCUACUACGGGAUCCUGCAGGAGACAAUAACUCGAGGGACGUAUGGCGAAGGAGAAAACAAGGAGAAGUUUCGAUAUGCACUGUCGCUGGUCUUUGUACAGUGUGUGGUUAAUGCCGUAUUUGCUAAGUUAUUAAUUCGAUUCUUUGAUGCUAAGGCUAAGCCUGACCGCACACAGAGCUGGCUCUAUGUAGCCUGUUCACUCUCCUAUUUGGGGGCCAUGGUGUCCAGCAAUUCAGCACUCCAGUAUGUGAACUACCCCACACAGGUGUUGGGGAAAUCCUGUAAGCCUAUCCCAGUUAUGCUCUUAGGAGUCACCGUCCUCCGGAAGAAAUAUCCUGUGACCAAGUAUUUGUGUGUGCUGCUCAUCGUGGUGGGAGUAGCCCUGUUUAUGUACAAGCCCAAGAACACCGGCCCCAGCGGUGAUGAUCACGUCUUCGGUUACGGAGAAUUGCUGCUGUUGCUCUCUCUUACUCUGGACGGAUUGACUGGAGUGUCUCAGGAUCACAUGCGGGCACAUUACCAGACUGGCUCCAACCAAAUGAUGUUUCAUAUCAACCUCUGGUCCAGUUGUUUUCUAGGAGCAGGUAUUGUGUUCAGUGGAGAAAUAUGGGAGUUCUUGAGCUUCACUGAACGGUACCCAAGUAUCCUCUACAACAUUCUGCUCUUCAGCUUGACCAGCGCCUUAGGACAGACCUUCAUCUUCAUGACUGUGGUCUACUUUGGUCCUCUCACCUGCUCCAUCAUUACCACCACUCGGAAGUUCUUCACCAUCUUGGCCUCUGUAAUACUCUUCUCUAACCCGAUCAGUGGCUUACAGUGGGUAGGAACCUCGUUAGUGUUUUUAGGUCUAGGAUUGGAUGCCAAAUUUGGUAAAGGAUCCAAAAAGCCGUCCCACUGAUACCCAUUUCAGGAGCCUUCAGAUGAUGAUGUAUUCAGACCUCACUCACUGUUUGUGUAUAUAAAUACAUGUUUUUUUUUUUUUUAAAUAUCGAAUGUGUAACUAUUUUAUUAAUGACGGAAGGGCUGGAAUUUUAAGCUGACAGAGUGGGAGUAUUAAAUGCAAGAAGAUGGAA